AUGAAAACACAUUGAAUGAGAAUAGGAGUUCACGUCUCUAUUGAGCUGUGUACAGACUGUGUAUUUAGGAAGGUAUUUAAGAACAAAUUUUAGCCAUUCUUCCCAGCACUAAAGUGUAUUAACGUCUUUGGAAGCCAGUCAGGUAUUUUCCAGUGGAGUAAACAGAAGUGUUAAAGUGUGACUGAAGGUUAAUUGUUUUCUAGAUUUGGCUGCCAUCCUUAAGCCUCAGCACCUAAUAAUGUGAGAACGGUGCGGUCAAGGUGCUUUUGCUUUCACUGUCUCUUUUUAUUAUUUUGUGAUCCUGUGGUAUAAAGUCACAUGCAGCCUGGUGACUGUACCCACUUCCUUCAAUCUGUGUGAACUGGUUUGUACCAAAGAAGCAACCUGUGGCCUGCAUUUGAAGCUACGUUGACCAUUUUCCCCAGAGAGGAGGUUUAAACCUGCUCUUGUAAGUGAGCUCCAGCAGAGAGGCCUGCUGCUCUCUGGGCCAAGACCCCGCUCCCAGGGGCCAUGGGUGAAGAGGAGCAGCCCACUCUGGAGGCCGGGAGUCCGGUUGUGGAUGAGGAGCACGUGCAGGUACCCUUCCCUGUGUUGCAGGGCGAGUGUGUGGAGCACGUUGGCAGGGUGGAGGGAGCCGUCAUCGCCUUGUCCAGCUACCGCCUUCACAUCAAGCUCAAAGACAAUGUCAUAAACGUUCCUCUGCAGCUGAUCGAGAGUGUGGAGUGCCGGGACUUGGUUCAGCUGCACCUCACCUGUAAAGACUGCAAGGUCAUCAGGUGUCACUUCAGGUCUUCAGAGCAGGCCCAGGAUUGGCUGAGGCGGCUGAACUCGGUGGUGCGCCCUCCGGCGCGUCUGGACGAGCUUUUCGCCUUCGCCUUCCACUCCUGCAGUGCCACCCUGCCAGCGGAGAGAGACCUGCAUGAGGAAAUCUGCCACGCUGGUGAACAUGUGAGGGGCCGGUUUAAGGGCGAAGUGCAGAGGAUGGGCUUCAGCAACCACAGUGCCUGGAGAAUCUCCGACAUCAACAACAACUUCAGACUCUGUGCCACUUAUCCUGAGCAGCUUCUGGUGCCUAGCUGGGUCACGGACAAAGAAUUAGAAAAUGUGGCUUCAUUCAGAUCCUGGAAAAGGAUUCCAGCUGUUGUUUACAGACAUCAGAGCACAGGCGCUGUGAUUGGUCGAUGUGGGCAGCCCGAGGUGAGCUGGUGGGGAUGGCGCAACGCAGACGAUGAACACUUGGUACAGUCUAUAGCUAAGGCCUGCACCAUGGACCCGGCAGCCAUCAAAACACUGAGCAACGGCCACCACCACACCAACGGUACUCACAACAAUUCAGAUCCUGUCAUAACCAAUGGCAAUGAGGAAGCUGAACCACCCAUGACGCCUUCUCAGAAGUUACUGAUCCUGGACGCCAGGUCUUAUGCAGCUGCUGUGGCUAACCGGGCUAAAGGAGGUGGCUGUGAAUGCCCAGAGUACUACCCAAACUGUGAGGUGAUGUUUAUGGGCAUGGCCAACAUCCAUUCCAUAAGGAGGAGCUUCCAGUGCCUACGGGCGCUUUGUGCCCAAGUGCCUGAUCCUGCCAACUGGCUGUCUGCUCUAGAGGGCACUAAGUGGCUGCAGCAUCUGUCUCUGCUGCUGAAAGCGUCUCUGCUGGUGGUGAACGCUGUGGAUCGGGACAGGAGGCCUGUGCUGGUGCACUGCUCUGACGGCUGGGACCGAACCCCACAGAUAGUGGCUCUGGCCAAACUGCAGCUGGACCCUUACUACAGGACCAUGGAGGGUUUCCAGGUGCUGGUGGAGAUGGAGUGGUUGGAUUUUGGUCACAAGUUUGCAGACCGCUGUGGACACGGGGAGAACGCUGAGGACGUGAACGAGCGCUGUCCUGUGUUCCUGCAGUGGCUGGACUGUGUUCAUCAGCUCCAGAGACAGUUCCCCUGCUCCUUUGAGUUCAACGAGGCCUUUCUGGUGAAGCUGGUGCAGCACACCUACUCGUGUCUGUUUGGAACGUUCCUGUGUAACAGUGGGAAGGAGCGAGAGGAGCGGGGUGUGCUGGAGAACACCUGCUCCGUCUGGUCCCUCCUGCAGCCGGCCAACAGAGCCUUCCACAACAUCCUGUACUCACCACACUCUGAGACGGUGCUUCACCCGGUGUGCCACGUAAGAAACCUUAUGUUGUGGAGUGCUGUGUACCUGCCUAACUCCGCCCCCUCCACCCCUUGUGAGGAGUCAGGUGCUUCUUAUGGUUCUCCUUUAGUCUCACCUGAGGACACGCCUCCGGGCAGAUUGCCAAAGACUCGCUCCUAUGACAACUUGCUCUCAACUUGCGAGGAAAUGAAUACUACGGCUUCGAGCCGCCGAUGCAGCGACCCCAACCUCAACGACAAGUGGCAGGAACACCUCCGGUCAGUGGAGAUCACCGUAGCGACAGAAGCAGAGGGGAACCCUCAGGAACGAGGUGGCGUUACAGCCAAUGAAAUUUCAGAUCUGAAUGAGAUGGUGAACAGACUGGAUGAGAGGCUAUGGGAGGAGGGGUUGGAGCAUAGUGAGUCUAUUGCUAAUAUAGCAAACGAGAGCGUUUUCUUAAACGGGAGUGAGGGUGAGGAAGACUGCACCGAUGAGGUGACCUACUCCAUGCCUCCACUCUCAGAACUUCUCGAGGACGUGCCUGAACUGAACGGCAAGGACCUGGACGACGUUCUGUGCGAGGAGCAAAUCGAGGAAGCUCUGGAACUUUCCACAGAGGAAUCUUUCACCCCUGUAGUUUGUCCCCCCUCCCAGCUUAGCCACCUCACUAACGGCCACAUCACUGUGGUGGAGGAACUGUGUCCUAAAGAACCUGUUAGUCCUGUUAAAAACCCCCGGCUUCACGCCCUCUCACAGAACAACUCUCCACUGGAGAGCUCCACAGAGACCUUAACCGAGGAGUGCCUGCCCCCACCACUGCACAAAACUGCCCGCUCGCCUUCCCAGUGUGCCUUGCCCCCUCUCUCCCUGCUGACCAAUCACAACGGCUCUGUGUUCAACGGACAUGCUCGCCGCGGUUCGCUCAGCCGCCAGACGUCCACGGCCAGCGGGGGGUCUCUGACGUCCCCCCAGCAGCGAGGAGUCCUGGACCAGGACGGACUGAGUGUGCACUGCGAUGCCGUGCAAGCCAGGCUCAGGCAGAUGGAGGCGGGACACCAGCUGCAGGUGGAGACGCUGAAGCGGCAGGUGCAGGAGCUGUGGAGCCGGCUGCAUGUCAACGGAGAGCUGACGCCUGUACCCGACCGAGAGAAUAACGUUGAGGGUGUGUGUCUGUCUCGCUGCAGCACAGACCUCUUCUCUGAGAACAGCUGGGAACAGGAUGAGCAGCAUGACAAGCAGGUAUCAAGGUGGUAUCCAGGUCACCAAUCACCCCUCUGUUAUGGCUGUGAGAGCAAGUUUUGGCUGGCUGCCAGAAAACAUCACUGCAGUGCCAGUGAACCUGUAGAGGAAGCCUGGAACUGUGGGAACAUGUUCUGCGCGAGCUGCUGCGACCAGAAGGCCGUGGUGGCCAGUCAGCAGCUGUACGAACAUAACCGCACGUGCCAGGCCUGUUACGGCCACCUGCGGCCCUCCGCCGUGCCCCCCGCGCUGCCCCCUGCUGACCUGGAGCUGGAGAAACCCAUUACUGCCAGUUCCAACUAGAACUGUCUGCUGAUCUGCUGUCCUGAAGAAAUCUUCACUUAUGAAAGCAUUUAUACAUGGAACAGGAUAAAGAGCUUAGAAUAGUGGGGGUGUAGCUUCAGGAUGGUGCCACUCCUUUAACAAGUUCCUUUAGCCAUGUGGAGUCAGUUUAGGAUCGAGGUCCGGAGUUACGAAUCUGGUAACGAGGCAUCACAGUUAGCAUAAUUUAUUAUUAAUAUUAAUAGAAAUAUCCUGUUUAUUGGUCUUGAACUCUUGAUGAACUUGAUAAAUGGAUUUACCUGGGCUGUUUUUUUUUUUUCCUUUUCUUUAUUAAGCUGUGCAAACACAGGCAUUUAAGUAUGCACAAUGCUGCAUAUGGACCUGUGCACGUCUGCGCAGCUGCUCUCAUGUGAAUAGGAAAUGUCUGUAUAUAAUGCCAUGUGUACAGUCAAUUGAGAGAGAGCUGUAUAUUCUUGAAUUUGAUUGAUGAUGGACUCUAAAGAUGAGAUUCUGAAGCUUUUCCCAGAUUCAAGUGAUGAGCAUCUUCACUGGAUGCACAGCUGGAUGAACCGAGCACGCCUGGCCACGAGGGUCACAGUGAGACGAACAAGAGCAGAUCUCUCGCGUAUGGCUCGCUACCGUCUCAAAUGUGUUUCGCGACGCUUCGCUGCCUGUAGGAUGCAAGACGUGUCUGUUGGUGUGUGUCUGUGAAGGCUCAUCACACUCUUUCCUCUUCUCUUUCCUCUUCCGUACUGCUGCUGCUGCUUUUGGAGUCUGUGGAACUCAGAAUCUUUGGGUGAAUGAAAUAAAAAGCACAACACACUGCCAAGCCAAA